AUGGCCUCUCUGCCAUGUUGCCUUCUGCCUGCAUGUCUUCUUACGGACCCCCGCUCUACUGUCGCCCUGCAGCUUAGAUCCCAGUCGCCUCGGUUGCGAACAGUCAGGAACGGCAAAUUCCGCCAGUGGAGCUUCGCAGUUGGCUUCAUCUGCCGGCCGGCGGAGGACCGGAGUAGAUCCGAGUAG